ACACCUGCUUACGCGAAUAAAUUUAAAUUAACACAAGCGGUUGGAGAUCUGCUGCGGAACGUGACAUAAUAAAAACCUUUUGAAAUGACAGCUUGAUUUGGUUUGGUUUCCGCUACUGUGCUAUUGUGCUAUUUUUCGGUUUUUGAUACGAAAAUCAUCAGAAAAUGUCAAUUUCUACGGCUACAGACGAGCGGACAGAAGGUGAUGACGAUACAUCACAAGGAAGCCAGCCAAAGGAUGACAGCAGUGACUCUGAAAAUGAAAAUGAGCCUCAGAGCCAAAAUGGGGGCUCUCCUGUCCCUGAGGUUCAUGAGAUCACCAGUGACGACGAUGAGGAUUGUGUAGUGACUAAUGAUGAUGAUGAUGAAAGUUCUAAUUCAAGUACUGAUAGUAAUGAUAGUUCUGAUGAAUCACAAAGUGAAAAUAAAACAAGUGAUGACAAGAAAAUUGAAGAACAACAUAUGGAGAAUGGUGGUGAUGAAUCCGAUAUUGAAGAAGUGUCUAUGGAGGAUCCCCUAAAUGAAGCCCCUGCCAACAAGAACAAGCCCAUUGUAGUCAGUGACACCAAGAGCCUCACUGACUUGGCUAAUAAACAAUCCAAGUCUAAUGGGGAACAGAGUAAUGAGCCUACUGUAGUUAUCAUUGAUACAAAUUCCAUCUUGACCACCAAGCCACCACCGUCAGCAGCUCACAAGCCAACAUCCACCAGUGCUAUUGACGCUCACAACUUGUGUCAGAGUAUUGCUGCCCGAGGCACCACCAUUACUCCAGUCAGUGUUAAAAACGCUGCCAGCAAUAACAGCACCCCUGCACCACAGCCAAACAUAUUGCCUUCCCUUACUGAUGACAUGUUUGUGGUAGAAGCACCCUCCUUUAUAGUUCCCUACGUGUAUGAAAAACCUUCUGUCAAACCUUUUAGGGAAUUUGUGGAUAAAUUAGGUAAAGAACUGGAAGAGCUUAAGAUUAAAGAAGAGCUUGAAAAACUUGAAAAGGAAAAGGCUGAAAAGGAGAAGAAAGAAAGGGAAAGGCAAGAGAGAAUUGAAAGGGGUGAGGAAGUAGAAGAAGAACCUAGUGAGACUAAAAGUGGAGAUGACUCAAUGAAAGAGAAAAAGGCAGAGAAAAAGCAGAAAAAAAGACGUGGCCAUGAAGAAGAUGAUGAUUCUUGGGAUGGCGAGUCCUCCUCAGAAUCUGAUGAUGACGUACCUUCUGAUGAUGAUGCAGUAGUUAUUAAGGACAGAGAUGAUACUAUUGAUCAACUAAAAGACCCUAUCAGUUUGAUUGCUAAAGGUCUUAGUGGUGGUAAACCAGACAGUUAUUUUGACUGUUCCCUGGGACAAUUUUUUAUAAAUAUUGGUCUUAAUUUAGUUCAAGAAUAUGUGCAAAGUGAUCUUCUGAAACACCAAAACAGAAAAUUGUACAAGGAAAAGAAAUCUGGCAGAAGCACUAAAGCUACUGAAGCAGCUAUUGCAUCUCUCACUCAGAAUUUAGAGUUCAGUAAGAAAACAAAUGCCCCUUAUGCUCUUAUCCAAAGGAGGUGUGACUUUUGUAGCUUUAAAACAGAGUCCAUGUUGGUAAUGGCUCAUCAUCUAGAAGCACCACACAUGAAGAACAAUAUCUAUAAAUGUAAUUCAUGUGAGUUUGAAAUUCGUAGUCCACAUGACAUAUUGUUCCACAUGGAAGCUGAGCAUAACAUCAGAGGCAGAUUGGAAAGAGCCCCUGCUUACCAACAAUGUGCUAAUUGUCAUUUUGAAGACAACAGCAAGACAAAGCUAGCGCGACAUCUAAUCGCAUGUGCGAAAAAAUUCAAACCAGAUCUUAAUUUGGCUCCUCCAAUUGAGUGGGAGCCACCGGCGAAAAUACCAAAACUAACAAGAGCUCGUAAUAAUAUGGUAGGCUCUUACCAGACUAACUUCAAUAGGACACAGAUGAAUAUGAACAAUUUGAGUCGACCUCAAAUGAAUAUGUCAAAUGUAAUUCCAAGCAUGCCUAUACUUGGCAGACCGCGCGGACGGCCGCCGAUCACCGGGCCACCACGCCCGCAGAACGUGUCGGGCGUUCCGAUCUUACGCAGCGGUGUCAUGAUCAUGCACAACACUCCUGCCGUGGGGACCACUAUUGCCAAUUAUCCUAUGAUACAAAACCAGACCAACAAUGCAACACCUAAGAUAUCAAUCACCCCGCUUCCCCGAGCUCCACAACCAUCAUCUUCCCAAUCAUCACAAAACUCCAAGGCUACUUUUGUCAUUUGUGAAAUAUGUGAUGGUUAUAUCAAAGACCUAGAACAAUUGAGGAACCACAUGCAAUGGAUUCAUAAAGUGAAAAUCCAUCCUAAGAUGAUUUAUAACAGACCACCAUUGAAUUGCCAAAAGUGCCAAUUUAGAUUUUUCACUGAUCAGGGGCUGGAAAGGCAUCUUCUUGGUUCACACGGUCUAGUAACGAGUUCCAUGCAGGAAGCUGCGAACAAGGGGAAGGAUGCCGGCAGGUGUCCAGUGUGCGGCAGAGUGUAUCAAUGGAAGUUAUUAAACCAUGUUUCAAGGGACCACAAUAUGACUUUGAAACCAGCUCACCUCUCAUACAAGUGCACUGUUUGCACAGCCACAUUCGGCAUGUACAAACAGUUUGAAAACCAUGUGUAUUCAGCUCACAGUGUGGUGGCUAAGCGUGUGAUGGAUAAGAGCAAGACUCCUGCGUCUUCCACCAAGCCUGACUCAGAUCCUCUGCUGAAACCACUCAAAAUAAGUGAUGAGAUUACGAUCAUACCACAACCUGCAAAAUCAACAGUUACUAUUACUGCUAAAGGUAAAUAACAUUAAUAUUGUGGGAAUGUGCAGACUGUCCUAGCACCCGUAGACCGACAAGCCUGCCUUAUCAGUGAUGCACAUCCAUUGUAUCAACCAGUAUUGUGUAAAUAAACUUAAGCUAUAUUGAACUUGUAUAACAAUAUUAAUGGAAUACCAGAAGUAUGUUGGAAGUUAGAUAAUAUCUAUGGAUGGUGUUGUAACACAAGUAUGCCCUUUUUAUGAUUCAGUGUAUUGAUACAGUUGCCUAGAAAAUGUAUACCUGUCACCAUAACAUGCUCCUGAAAUGAUAUUUCAUAAACAUAUUGCCUAAGUUAUAGCUUUGUCACACUUUGUCACUACCCAUGUAAUUAUGAUAUUUAUCAUGGUGGUUUGAGUGCUAUGUGAUUGUUUGAUUGUCACAAAACAAAACCUGUUAUAAUUAUGGAUCUGUAUCCUCCUCUAAUUCUGUAUAGAUAAUUGUAAGACAAAUUGUGAAAUGAUCGUAAAAUUAAAUAAUUGUCUAAUUCUUAUGCGCUCCAUGAGUAUUUAUUUAUUUUGUUCUCAUGUAUAAUUCUGUUUGUAGAAUGCUAUCAGCUUGUUCUAGUUUAAUUCUGUGUAUGGGUUAAGAUUACAGAAUAUUUGUAAAAAUAUCUUAGGUAGAUAUUUUCAAUUAUGAGUGUAUAUUAUUAAAACAAUUGAUUAUUACAGUGUAGGUAAGUUUAGAUUACAAAUCGUAGACACUAGGUAAUUGUGAGUACUACUGAGUCGAAAACGACCUGUUUCUUUGAAUAACUAAUAUCAAUGCUAUUGGAUACUAGCAGAACCCUUGCUGCCAUUGUCGGUCUUAUUUAUUUCUGAUCUCAGGUCAACCAGAUGGAAGUGUUGAUUUGGUAAAAGUUUACUGAAUUGUUAAUGUACUUAUAGAACUGAAAAUGAUGUAUUUUUUUUAUUUAAUAAAAAAGACCACUGUAAUUGAAAAAA